UUGAAGACUAUGGCCCAGAUCGUGACAGCAUGAGGGUAACAGCCUUUCUGGACAUCCCAGGCCAGGAUAACCUGCCUCCACUUGCUCGCCUGGAGAAGUAUGCUUUCAGUGAGAACAUCUUCAACCGUCAGAUUAUUGCCAGAGGGCUGCUCGAUGUCCUCCGGGACUUCAGUAACAAUGAGGAGGACUUCUUAACGGUAAUAGAGAUGGUGGUCCGAUUGGCAGAAGACUCAGAGCCCAUGGUGCGGACCGAGCUGAUGGAGCAGAUUCCUCCUAUUGCUGUUUUUUUACAAGAAAGCAGAUCAGAUUUUCCAGUGGUGCUCUCUGAAUAUCUCACCCCGAUUGUAGUGAGGUACCUCACGGAUCCCAACAACCAGGUUAGAAAAUCAAGUCAGGAAGUGCUCUUGAUUCUUCUGGAACAAGAUCUAAUUUCCCAGCAUGAUAUUGAAACUAAAGUGUGUCCAGUCCUGCUGGCGCUCUCUGCGCCGGACGGUGAUGACGAGUAUAAGGCAGAAGCUGCGAACCUAAUCUGCAAACUGGUUUCCGUGCUGAGUAAGAGCACCGUUGAACGCCUGCUGCUCCCUCGAUUCUGCGAAUUGUGUGGUGACGGGAAGUUCUUUCAAGUUCGGAAGGUGUGUGCUACAAAUUUUGGUGAUAUUUGUCAUGCCGUUGGACAAGAAGCCACUGAGAAAUUUUUGAUACCAAAGUUUUUUGAGCUCUGCUCAGACAGUGUUUGGGGGAUGCGAAAAGCCUGCGCAGAGUGCUUCAUGGCGGUGUCCUACAGCACGUCCCCCGAGGUCCGCAGAGCCCAGCUGUCACCCCUAUUCAUCAAGCUCAUCAGCGACCCCUGCCGAUGGGUGCGCCAGGCCGCCUUCCAAUCCCUGGGCCCCUUCAUUUCCACCUUCGCGAACCCCUCCAGGGCCGGCCUCUACAUUCGAGAAGAUGGCACCCUGAGCAUCCGACCACCGGCUCAGGAUUUGGACUCUGAUCUCCCCUCCGGAGCCCCCCGUGCAGGCAGUUGCGGCAACACUUUCUCAGCCUGUUCCACGAAGCCAGUACACAUGGAGCCAGACCUGCCCACGGUAGGCACGCCAACGGGAACCGGUGAUUUCCAGCGGGUCAUUAGCUCUGAUAGCCUCAUGGCAGACUCAGGAGAAGACUCUGCCUUGGCUGGAGCCGAGUUGACCAGGCUUUCCCCAGAGACCAGUGCGUCCUUGAAGCUCCCUGCUGGGAGUGACCUCCCCGUCCACAGCCUCCCUGGACCAGGCUCCUCUUCCUGCCCAGGGGUUCCUGAGGAUGUAUUCAAUAAUUUCUUUUAUUGGCGAACUCCUCUCCCUGACAUAAGCAAGGACCUAGAGCUGCUUCUGAGUGAGGCUGGGCCCCAGGAGAAGGGCUGUAGCAGGCCCGAGACUGUGCAGCACAGCUGCGUGGCCAGGAGCGAGAUUCAGAAAGUCCUUGAUAGUUUGCAGGAGCAUCUGAUGAAUGAUCCCGAUGUUCAAGCUCAGGUCCAGGUCUUAUCAGCUGCUCUGAGAGCCACACAGCUUGACUCUGUGGGUGAGCCCGAGCACCAGGGCACCAAAGGUCGGAGCGAGGAGUCCGUCGCAGCUCCCGGCCCUGCGUCUGACAAUCGCACGGCUCCCUCGGCUUCCUCAGUGCAGAAGGAGCCCUCCGAGCCCAGGAUGUUACAAAGCACAGACCCCGGCCGACCCUGCGGUGGAGCUGAGGACGGUCUGGAAACGGAGCAGAGGCAUCUCCCCGCCCCAAUUAAGGAGAAUAAGUCUAAAUUACAGGACAUAAUACCUCAGCCCCUGCUAGAUCAGUACGUGUCGAUGACCGACCCCGCUCGCGCCCAGACCGUCGAUAUCGACAUAGCCAAACACUGCGCCUACAGCCUCCCGGGGGUGGCGCUCACCCUGGGCAGGCAAAAUUGGCACUGCCUGAGAGACACAUACGAAACGCUGGCUUCUGAUGUGCAGUGGAAAGUGCGUCGGACCCUGGCCUUCUCCAUCCACGAGCUGGCUGUGAUUCUCGGGGACCAGCUCACGGCUGCUGACCUGGUGCCCGUCUUCAAUGGAUUUUUAAAGGACCUGGAUGAAGUACGAAUAGGAAUUCUUAAACACCUGUAUGAUUUUCUAAAGUUGCUUCAUGAAGACAAGAGGAGAGAAUAUCUUUAUCAGCUUCAAGAAUUUGUAGUGACCGAUAACAGCAGGAAUUGGAGGUUUCGAUAUGAACUAGCAGAACAGCUGAUACUCAUUUUGGAGCUCUAUAAUCCCAAUGACGUUCAUGAUUACUUAAUGCAUAUUGCCUUAAAGUUGUGUGCAGAUAAAGUUUCUGAAGUUCGGUGGAUCUCCUUCAAACUAGUUGUGGCCAUUUUACAGAAGUUUUCCUCCCACAGUGAGAGCGCACUGGGGUUGAGUUUCAUCAGUGAGCUCGUCGUCAGGUUCCGGCACUGCGCGAAGUGGGUGGGAAGGCAAGCUUUCGCUUUCAUUUGUCAGGCGGCGGCGGACGAGGAGUGCAUCCCCGUGGGGCAGUUUGUCGAACACUUGCUCCCCAGCCUCCUGAGCCUUGCCUCUGAUCCGGUGCCGAACGUGAGGGUUCUGCUGGCCAAAGCUCUGCGGCAGACGCUGCUGGGAAAGGGUAUGUGGACCGUUUCUCCGCACUCACACAUCUUAAGGCUCACCAGGCAGGGCACUGCCAGACUUCCUCUCUAGGAAAUUGCACGCACGCUUCAGACUUUCCUGUAUGAAUCCAUGUAUUAACGUUGAUGCAGAAUAGUUUGUUAUUUAUAAAAUGGUUGAGUUUUCACAUUUAACGAGCUUCACGCUAAAAUGCAGAAUUUCACACAGUCUUCCAGAAAUGGGGAAGAGUUUUGUAAAUGUUAACGAUGCAGAGAGCAUGAAUGGCAGCAAACGUCAGCCUUACUUCCCGGGAGGUCUGGAAGCGAUCACCGUGUCCCGAACAGGACGGAUUGGGAGACUGUGUCCCUCAGCCGGCGCAGUGGCGCCUACUGCGUGCGCGGAGCCCACCGCGUCCAGCCCGUCCCCGCUUCGCACCCCGCCGACCCCCCGCGCCCCUUCCUGCCCUCCGCGCACGUGCAGUUCUUGCCUAGUGGAGGAAAGGAAAGAUGACGUGGCAAGUUUUUAAAUUAUAACUUGAAAAAUACGCAUACCGGCUCUCGGGAGUCCAUCUUUGAAAUUUAGGAAGUUAUUGUGACGAAAGUCAUCGUGGUAUCACUGUGAAGGCCUCAUGUGUCCGGUUAUGCUAUGCAAGUGCUUCCUUGUCCUGAGGUGUGGUUGGCAGAACCCCCAGCACUCAGGUAUGUUUGGGAGCACGGGGCACGGGCAUGUGAGCCAAACUCCUGUGUUCUCUCUCCAGCGUACUUGAGAAAUGCCGGUAACCCUCAUCUUCAAGUCGUUGAGGAGACCGUCCUGGCCCUGCAGUCC